ACUGAUGCCCACACAGACUGUCGGUUUAGAAGCUAUUCGAACACAGCUACUCAAGAGUAGAGGACGCACAUGCUGGUGAUCGACGUUUAGCUUGGAGGUCCAAAGCUACACAACAGGAGAACUGGGAGGAUAUAACACAAAUAGAUGAUUGGUACAAAAAUUUGGACAUCUGAUGGAGAGGAUUUCAUUUGUGGGAUCAAGAUUCGCCCAGAAACAUCCAGAAACUGGUCAGGCUUGAAGAUUUGGAUGGUUAUUGGAACACUUUCAAGUGAUUUUUGGAUAGUGACAAGGAAAAUGAAAGCUAAUAUGUGAAACUCAGGAUGAAGAGUCUAAAAUUGAAAAGCUCUCGUUAACUUUGAACAUUGAGGAAAGAAAGGUGUAAACCUCUGGAAUUGGAAUUCAUCUAAAAAUAAGACUGAACACCGCACUCUCUUCUUCUGAAUACGCACGGUUUAAUUGUCCAUAGCGACCUUUACAAAAAAAAGCACCAAUGAAACAGUUGGAAUCCUCAAAUUCUGAGCAAUCCUGGCCUUCUUUCGUUAAUCACACCCCUCGACUACGGCUCAACGCUUUAGAUUUUUCUGACUUGUGGGAUGAAGAAGAUCUGGACCUGUGCAUUGUUGAUGAUGACCCUUUUCAAAGCAAUGCACCAACCAGGCAAAAACCAGGACAACAUUUAAAUCCUCCAGCACCUCCACCAGCUCCUCCUCCUCCUCCUCCUCCUGCUCUUUCUCCUCAGGUUAAUCCGGUGGCUUUGAAAUCAGGCCGCCGAACUCUGAGGCUCCACUGGAAGGAGCUGUUGAGUUUGCAGCCGCUGCCGAGAGUCAGCCGUUUUGGGUCGCAGUCCAUUUGGGCUGCUUUGGAACCGGUCCAUCUGGACACCAACAGACUUGAAUAUCUGUUUGAAAGCAAGAGUGGCAGUAAUAAGGCUCUUUCUGCACGGAAGGGUGGAACACAGAAUCAGACAUAUUUAUCUGUAUUGGGUGUGAAGCGGAGUAACAUUAUUACUAUAGCCCUGAGCAGCCUGCCUCCUCCUCACCUACUCCCUCCAGCCAUCUACAGCAUGGACUCCAGUGUCCUGGACAGGGAGGAUGUACAGAGGCUUUAUUCACUGGUCCCAUCUGAGGAAGAGCUGAAACUGAUUAAGGAGGCAAAAGCUCAGACACCGCGUUGUACCCUGGCCCUUGCUGAGCAAUGUCUCCUCACUCUGAGCACCGUCACACACCUGAACUCCAGGCUUCAACUCUGGGCUUUUGCACUGGACUACGAUACACUGGAGAAGGAAAUUGCAGAGCCUCUCUUUCAUCUCAAGCUUGCAAUGGAGCAGCUGGCAACCAAUCAGACGUUCCACUGUAUACUUGCGACUGUACUUGCCAUCGGUAAUUGUCUUAAUGGCUGCAAGGCUCGAGGGUUUGAACUGAGCUACCUGGGGAAGCUUUCGCAGGUCAGGGACACCCACAGCAGGCAGCCUCUUUUACACCACGUGUGUGUGUUACUCCUCCAGCUUUACCCACAAUCCUCGGACCUGUACUCUGACAUCACUGCUGUCACCCGAGCCAGUAAGUUUGAUUACUUGCAAGUGCAGUCGAGCCUUUCUGCACUGGAGUCCCGUUGCAAAGAAUCAUGGGAGCAGCUGCAUCUGCUAAAUAAAGAAGGAACGAAGAAUGGAGCAGGACGAGGAGAAAGGGAUGAGCAGAGAGGCAUUAGUGAGGCAUGCCUCUACCAGAGCUUGCCACAAUUUCUGAAGGAGUGCAACGAAAGGCUAAAGGUGCUUCGAGCUGUCCAUCGGCGGGUCAUCAACAGAUUUCACUCAUUCCUUUUGUACCUGGGCUACUCCCGCACCAUGGUGAGGGAGACAAGCGCGGAUGCGUUCUGCAAAACCGUUAGCGACUUUGCUCUGGAUUAUAGAGCUACUCAUCACGCCAUUCUUCAGCAGAGAGAGAAGGAACGAGAACAGGAAAAGAGGGAGAAAGAGGAAAAAAGAACGCCCUCUUCUACACCCACUUCUGCCAAAGCUAAGGCUAUAGAAAGCCCAGCUUCUGAUUGCACAGAGCAUUCAAUGCUUGAGGAGGUGCUAAACACACCAUCUCCAUCUUGUUUUGACCUCAGUCUCCCACAUAACCGCAGCAGGACCCCGAACACCAGAGGUUGCUUUCCACGAAGACUGGCAAAGUGGUAAUGGUAACUUAGUGGUUAUAACUCUGAUCUUCCCAAUUAGAAGGUUGUGAGUUUUAAUCCCAGCACCACCAGGCUGCCACUGUUGGGUCCUUGAGCAAGGCCUUUAACCCUGAACUUCUCAUUUGCUAUAAAUGACAUAAUUGUACAUUGCUCUGGAUAAGGCCGUUGGUGAAAUGACAGAAAUGUAAAUGUAAGACUGAAGCGGUGUAAGAAACUGUUUGACUUGAUAGCACCAGCGGGUAUGUAUGUUAUCUAAUAAACUUCAGACAAGUUUAAUACGCAGCCAUGUUGAGAAAUACUUGAAAUUAUAAUGUCCAUUUAUUCAUUCAAAUGAAAUUUUUUGAAUUCCCAUUGUAUGUAUUGUAUCUGUAAAAAUCUAAAUAAAUCUUUUGUUAUU